CGUCUCCGUCCUCCCUCUGGAUCAGAGAGAAUGAGAGAAUGAGCGAGGGAGUGACAGAGAGACGGUAGAAGCAGUCCCAGACGUAAACAGACCAUAAACCGGUGCGGAGAUGGCGGCGUGGCUGUCCCGGGUGUCCCCGGGGGACGCCUGGUACAACGUGUACUCCCGCCUGCUGCGGACCAAACCUGUGGGCUCCAUGGCGACCGGCGCCGACGACCUCGCCGAGCUCGGGGAGGGGUCGGCGGCCGGGCUCGCCAAGGUCCUGACCACCGUGGACCUGGUGUCGCUCGGGGUGGGCAGCUGCGUCGGCACGGGCAUGUACGUGGUCGCCGGGCUGGUUGCCAAGGCGAUGGCCGGGCCGGGGGUCAUCCUGUCCUUCAUCAUCGCAGCGGUGGCGUCCAUACUGUCAGGUGUGUGCUACGCAGAGUUUGGCGUCCGCGUCCCGAAGACGACCGGCUCGGCCUACACCUAUAGCUACGUGACGGUCGGGGAGUUUGUGGCGUUUUUCAUCGGCUGGAACCUGAUCCUGGAGUAUCUGAUCGGCACGGCCGCCGGGGCGUCGGCUCUCAGCAGCAUGUUCGACUCCCUGGCCAAUCACAGCAUCAGCAACUACAUGAUAACACACCUGGGCACGCUCAGAGGACUCGGUAAAGGUGAGGACACGUACCCAGACCUGCUGGCCCUCUUCAUCGCCUUGCUGGUCACCGUCAUCGUCGCCCUCGGCGUGCGGAACUCCGUGGUCUUCAACAACGUCCUCAACGUGGUCAACCUGGUGGUCUGGGUCUUCAUGAUCAUCGCCGGGCUCUUCUUCCUCUCCGCCAGCAACUGGGAGGGGGGGAACUUCCUGCCCUACGGAUGGUCAGGGGUGAUGCAAGGUGCAGCGACGUGCUUCUACGCCUUCAUCGGCUUCGACAUCAUCGCGACAACAGGGGAGGAGGCGAAGAACCCCAACACCUCCAUCCCCUACGCCAUCACCGCCUCGCUGGUCGCCUGCCUCACGGCGUACGUGUCGGUGAGCGUGGUCCUGACUCUCAUGGUCCCCUACGACCUCAUCGACGGCUCGGCUCCCCUCAUGGAGAUGUUCGCCGUGCACGGCUUCCUGUGGGGGAAGUACACCGUGGCCGUGGGCUCCGUGGCCGGACUCACCGUGUCCCUGCUGGGGUCCCUGUUCCCCAUGCCCAGGGUCAUCUACGCCAUGUCCCGGGACGGCCUGCUGUUCAGGUUCCUGUCUCACGUGUCUGCGUUCACACACACUCCCGCGGUGGCGUGCGUGGUGUCGGGCGGUCUCGCCGCCCUCCUGGCUCUCCUGGUGAGCCUGCGGGACCUGAUCGAGAUGAUGUCCAUCGGCACCCUGCUGGCCUACACCCUGGUCAGCGUGUGCGUGCUCCUGCUGCGCUACCAGCCGGACGAAGACGCCGACCAGUUCGUCGUCUCCGGGGAGGACGAGGACGAGGACGGCCCGAAGCACCGUCAAGACGACGGGGCGGCGCCCACCAAAGACGACCAGGUCCUGAUCGGAGGCCCGGACGCCGACGGAUCGGGGUCCUACCACGCAGGCGGGACAGAAGGAGAAGGCGAGGACUCCGAGUUCCACACGGGCCACGCCUCGUUGCUGAAGAGGCUCCUGGGGGGUCACUUCUACACCCUGAGGCUGCGUCUGGGACUGCCCGACCCGUCGGCCCGGCCCACGCCGGCCACCGGCCGCACGGUGACCCGGUGCACCCUCCUCUUCUUCCUCACCUCCUUCUUCCUCUGGUCCACCGUCAUAUUCGGCGUCGAGCAGGGACGCGGCGCCGGCGCGGUGGUCUCGGGCCUCGCGGCCACGCUGAUGGGGGGGUCCUUGGCCAAGCUUCUGGUCCUGAUUCUUCAGCAGCCGCAGAGCGCCAGGAAGCUGCCCUACAUGGCGCCCUGCGUGCCCUUUGUCCCCGCGGCGGCCAUUUUGGUCAACAGCUACCUCAUGCUCAAACUGUCGUCCCUCACCUGGGCCCGGUUCACCAUCUGGUGCUUCAUAGGUCUGCUGAUCUACGGCUGCUACGGCGUCUGGCACAGCACGCUGGAGCUGACCGCCCGGGAGCAGCAGGCGCACGCCAGCUCCUACCAGCGCUACGAAGACCACCUGGACGACGAGACCACCUUCUCCCCCGACGACAACGGUGGCCCCGGGCAACGGGAGGAGACACCCUACCAGGGCUGGUCUGCCCCGGAGGAGAGGGGACACAACUACCGGGACGUCCAGGACGAUGGCGGAGACGGGGACCAGCAGCCGGGCCGUUGGGAGGACGACGGGGACCCGUCUGGAGACCGGUCUGGAUACCGGUCUGGAUACCAGUCUGGAUACCAGUCUGGACCAGCAGGCCCGGCUGCGAGCAGAGGAAGGACCAAUCAAGGUUUUGAUGAAGAGGAGGACUGAAACCAUCUGGAACUUUGAGACUCAAAGUGCUGCUCAUAUGAGACACUGAACCAAAUAUAUUCCCCAAAACACACACAUCACACCCCAAGAUUUAAUUUUGGUAUUUACUAGUAAAAUACUAGUAUGGGGGGGGGCAGUUCUGGGGUCCAGCUCUAAAUGAUUUAUCACAAAAAUCUUUUUUUCGUUGGAAAACAGUUAGGUACCAAACAGGACGUUAUAAUGCAAUUCAAUUCAUUCAAUUUUAUUUAUUGUGUCAAUUCAUAACCAGAGUUAUCCCGAGAUCUAGACCGCUCUAUAAUUUACAGAUAGAGCAGGUCUAGACCACUCUAUAAUUUACAGAUAGAGCAGGUCUAGACCGCUCUAUAAUUUACAGAUAGAGCAGGUCUAGACCACUCUAUAAUUUACAGAUAGAGCAGGUCUAGACCUCUCUAUAAUUUACAGAUAGAGCAGGUCUAGACCACU